AAACCUGCUCCACUUCAGUCAAAUGUGUCCCACUGGACUCCCAGUUCUACCAGCGCUCUGCAGAUGCUCCAAACUUUUAAAGAACAAACCCAGCUCUAAGGAGGCUUCUCUCUCCAAACACACAUACCCAUUCAGUCUAUCGGAUUUUCUUUUUUUACUAAUUACUUUUUCCUGCUGAGAGCAAACUGAGACAACCAAGACAUCAUUUAGAAAUUCUCUCCCGCUUUCAUCGGCUAGAUCAUGGCUUUAAACUGAGAUUUAUGUCAAAGACACUCUUCUGUUUCUUCUAAGUAUCAUUGGGAUGUAAAAAAAAAAAGGACAGAAAGAGAAGGUUUUGUUAUCCACAAAGGAAAUAUCCUUUCCUCCAGAAGAGAAAAUACAGCCAGAUUUGUUCUGGACACCAUGCGUCUGCUUCUGGUUCUGGUUGGAUUACUUUUAUUUGCUUCUUCAGCCUUGCGAGCGGAGCCGGAGCCGAGGGAUGAAGAAGAGGAGGAGGAGAGCUCCUGUCACGGAGCGUUUGACCUGUAUUUUGUGCUUGAUAAGUCUGGCAGUGUGAGAGAUCACUGGGAUGAAAUAUAUUACUUUGUGGAGAAUUUAGCCGAGAAAUUUAAAAGUCCCAUGUUGAGGAUGUCCUUCAUAACAUUCAACGCCAGAUCUACUACCAUCAUGAAACUGACAGAGAACAGAGUGAACAUCAAAAAAGGUCUGAAUGCUCUGAAGAAAGAGAAACCUGGUGGAGACACAUUUAUGGGCCUUGGGCUGCAGAGUGCAAAUGAACAGAUUCAUAAGGAGAACUUUGGCACAGCCAGUGUGAUCAUUGCUCUGACAGAUGGAGAACUCCAGGACGAGCAGCUAAUUAGUGCACAACAACAGGCAGAGGAGGCCAGAUCUCUAGGAGCUAUUGUGUACUGUGUUGGUGUCAAAGAUUUCAACGAGACACAGCUGGCGACCAUUGCAGACACCGUGGAGCACGUGUUUCCGGUGCUGGGAGGCUUCCACGCCCUAAGAGGAGUCAUCGAUUCGAUCAUCAAGAAAUCCUGCAUUGAAAUUUUGGCAGCAGAGCCCUCAAGUGUCUGUGCAGGAGAAUCCUUUCAGGUGGUGGUCAGAGGGAAUGGAUUUCUCCAUGCUAGAAACAUCGACCAGGUGCUCUGCAGUUUCAAAAUCAACGACACCAUCACAGUCAAUGAAAAGCCGUCUGGUGUGGAAAACACAUUUUUACUGUGCACAGCCCCUGUCAUCGAUGAAGUUGGAAAGGUGAUUUAUCUCCAAGUGAGCAUGAACGAUGGUCUCUCUUUCAUCAGCAGCAAUGUCCACAUCACCACCACUGAAUGUUUUGAUGGGACCAUACUCCUGAUAACAUUGCUGGUGUUGUUCCUUUUGCUGGUCCUUCUCUUCAUGUGGUGGUUCUGGCCUCUGUGCUGCACUGUGGUGAUCAAAGAGCCACCUCCCCCUCCCCCACCUGAACCGGAGUCAGAUGAUGAUGACGGGCUGCCAAAGAAAAAGUGGCCAACUGUGGAUGCUUCGUAUUAUGGAGGAAGGGGAAUAGGAGGAAUCAAGAGAAUGGAGGUGCGUUGGGGGGGGAAGGGCUCGACCGAGGAGGGGGCUAAGCUGGAGAAGCCAAAGAAUGCUGUGGUGAAGAUGCCGGAACAGGAGUAUGAACCCUACGAACCCAAACCCAAGAAACCUCACAGCAGGAGGCCUCCUCAAAACAGGAAGUGGUACACACCUAUCCAGGGUAAACUGGAUGCCAUCUGGGCUCUGUUUCGCCGUGGGUAUGACCAGGUUUCUCUGAUGAGACCCCAGCCUGGUGACCACGGUCGAUGCAUCAACUUCACAAGAAUAAAAGAUGAGUCAGCAACAACCAAGCCUCCACCUCGCAGCCCCAACAACGCUCCUUCACCACCAGCCCCUGACUACCAUCCCACGUCCUUAACUCUUCCUCCCAGGUCACCCCCAAUGGGCCAACUCCCACCAGGACCACCACCAUCCCGUACACCCCCUGGACUUACCUGUCCUCCGCCAUCUCGUCCUCCACCCACCCUUCAACUCUGAUCCAAAAGACUAGCCCUCUCCCUCCGUCCCAGUGCGCCCACUCUCAUAUCACAUUGAUAUUACCCACCCUCCUCCCUACUUGACCAGUUUGAUUCUGAAGGCUGUGGUCAUAAGAUGUUGUCUGCCACCACAUGCAGAUGUUUGAAUAUCUCCUUGUUAAAUGUAACAGAACUUUGUGAGUUCUGUUAUUGUGCAUAUCUAAACGUAAACAGCAAAUCCUCAAAAAUCAGAAUUUUUUUUAAAGCAUCUGUAGUUUAACCUGGUAACAAACUCCAACAGACUGGGUUAGUCUGACUCUGUAAAUGCUGCUUUUGUUUUUGUCAUAACUCAGAGGGUUGUUGCUGGACAGCAACGCAUGUAUGAAACUACUAAGCUAGGUCAUUGUUACUGGCGUGAGAAGAGUAGGUUUUGCUGUGUUAAACAUCAGAAUGGCUUUGAUUAAUGUUCUGUUGGUAGAAACAUACAUUUAUUCUUUACUUGGUGCUGAGCAGCAAAUUGAACCAAUAAAUCUCAAUUAAUAAUUACAACAAUAAUAAUGCAGUUAUAUUAGAGGGUUUGAUGUGUGGAGCAUUGGGAGCAGAGUCAAAUGGAGGACAUUUUUACUGGUGUGAUGUUUUUAAUGGGUUUCUGGAUGUUUUUUCUUUUUGCCUUUGCUUGUAGUUAAAUUUUGGCCCUGUCACCACUACUUUGUUUUUUAUACAAAUAUUUGUUUCUUAUUUUAAAAGUGUGGAUCACUCGUUUUACGAUACAUUUGCAGUGUCUUUAGUAGGGGCAAAUGCCUUGUAAGUCGUACUCUGGGGAAACAAAGCUCUGGUGCACCAGUUUCAGGAACUAGCAGAUUGCCAGAUCAGAGCUGAGCUUCAGACGACAGGAUUUGGAGUCUUAUUUCCUGAUAUUUGGACAUCUUUCCUCUGAUUGGAUAACGGCAACACAACUCUCCCACUGACUCCAUUUGUUUUGCAACAUUGACGUUUUAUAUCCACUAAUAACACAAGCCUGGAGGAGUUCUGCUGUGUGGUGGAGUUGUUAAUGCUAACAGUUAGCUUCUACUAGCUGAGAUGUUCUCUGCUGUUUCCUGGGUGCUAAACCAACAACAACCUUCUUUGUUGUGAGUCAAGAUGGGUGAGUCCAUGAAUGUUAAGUGACAGUGUGACGUAGUUCUAACAGGAUGUUCUAAUCCUAGAGUUUUACUGUCUAUUUUCUAUCAGAAGCUAAUGCAGGAGAUAGGUGUAGGAGACUUUUUCAUGUUCCGUCUGCAUGAAAUCUCUGAGUGACUGAUUAUAAUCAGAAAUAUUUUAAAAAUUGGUUUUCAGUGAACCACACUUUUAAAUAAAAAAGAUCCAUCCACAUAUUUCUAACACGGAUGCUGAAAUUCUCAAUGAAAGAGGAUAAUUAGCUUGGAUAAAUAUUUACAUCUUGUGUUCAGCCAUCUUCUAAUGCAUAUCUGGAACAGCACAAUCUGACAAAGAGCAGGAUCUUCUUCUCCUGCUCCUCUGGGGGACUUCCUCUGGCCGGCAAUGAGGUAUAAUCUCUUCAGUGAGUCUUGGCUCUGCAACAUGAUGCAUCGUGUCUCUCUUAGAAGGUGUUCAGAAGAUAUACUAACCAAACCACCUGAACUGGUUCCAUGUUUUGAGAAAAUACUCUAGUCUGAGCCCCUUCCCCACUUCUAGAAGGGUUGUCCAGACCGAGAGUGAAGAAAACGCUUUUCAGAUGUUUGUACUCACAAUCUAAUUCUGUUGGCCCUCACAGAUCAUAGGUAAGGGCUGGAGUGUAAGGCGAUUAGUUCAUUGAGGGCUUUGUCCUUUGGUUUAGCUCCUCUUUUCAUGACAGACCUGUACUGCAACAACAUCCAGAUAAAUGCUGGCAGGGCCUUAAAUUACAGUAGUACAGCAGGGAGAAGAAGUAUUUGACUCAUCUGGAUUUUUAUCACUAAGGGUAUUUCUAAGUGGACAAUUGACUAAAUUUACACCAGAUGUUGUCAUCAAGCCAAAAAUUAAAUUCAUACAAAGACAUCAGAGCAUUUAAGUACACAAGUUGAGUCAUUAUAGUGAAAUGACACAGGCAUUAAGUACUGAACACACUUUAUUAAAUACUUUGUAGAAAAGCCUUUGUUGGUGAUUACGGCUUCUACACGCCUCUUGUGAGGAGAAACCAGUCAUCCGCGUUGCUCAGGACUGAUUCUGGACCAUUCUUCCACACAAACGCUCUUUAAAUCUUUAAAGUUUCUUGGGCCUCUUUUAUAAACGUUGAUCUUCAGUUCUCCAUAGAUUUCUAUGGGAUUUAGGUCAGGUGACUGACUGGGCCAUUCAAGCAACUUGAUUUUUUUCUUGAUUUCUUUCUUUUUGUUUCCUUGGUCUUGUGUUUGGGAUCAUUGUCUUGCUGAAAUGUCUACUCUCUCUUCAUUUUCAUCUUCCUGGUAGAUGGCAGCAGAUUCUUAUCCAGAAAGUCCCGGUACAUUUCUGUUCAUCCUGCCUUCAAUAAUAUGAAGUCUGCCAGGACCCCUUGGUGAAAAGCACCCCCACACCAUGAUGCUUCCACCCCCAAACGUAACUGUUGGUAUGGAGUUAUUGGGGUGGUGGGCAGUGUUGUGUGUAGGAUACAGCCAAAACGGUCCUUUUUGGUUUCAUCUGACCAUACUAUAGUCUCCCAGUAAUCCACAGGCUACUCCAAAUGCUGUUUUACGAACUGUAAACAAGCCUCAACAUGCUUUUUGUUCAAUAAUGGAGUCUUGUGUAGUGAGUGUGCAUGGAUGCCAUGGCGGUUCAGAGCAUUGCUUAGAGUUUGCUUUAACCCAUCAUGAAGUAUUUUCUGUAUGCUUCCUGGGUAACGAGAAGCCUUUAUAAGACAUCAAUUAGGACUAAAGCAGCUGAUAUCAGUUACUACUGAUAGGGGCGGGGUUUCUCUCUCAAUACUGGCAGAUUUCAGGUGAUCUCCUGGUUUUCUCUUUUGCACUUUGUUAUCUUCAUACGUUUAAUAUUUUUCCCUGUGUCUUUUCACUUUAUUACAAAUAAGUCAAUGAAUGGACUUAAAUGUUUAGAUGUAUUUGCAUAAAUUAAAUAUCUAGGUUGAUAUUGACAUGUGGUGGACAUUUUGUCAAUGGCUCACUAAACCCUUACUGAUGAAAAUGCUGAUGAGUCAAAUAUUUAUUCUCCCCGCUGUGUGUAAUGUUUUUGGGGGG